AUCAGCCAAAUCCUCCACCCCUUACUUGCUAUAGCGCAUGCGCAACAAAGCAGUUUACUAGCAUGGCCCAGUUCAGAAAGAGAAAUAAAUCAACCUGCUGCAGUACACGGUUACUGAUAGACAUCAGUUGUUGAAUUCAGGAUGAAUGACAUGAACCUGAGUCCUGUGGGCAUGGAUCAGCUCAGUGUGCCGUCAGUGAGCGCUAGCCACCUAGGUCUGCCCACGUCCCCCACACACAACCCUAUUCCAACUCCAGGCAUGCCAGUGGCCAUCCCCAGCCUUGGUCCUUCGUUGGGCUCCCUUCCUUCUGCCCUCUCACUGAUGCUCCCCAUGGGUCCACUGAGUGAUAGAGGGGUGAUGUGUGGUCUGCCAGAGAGGAACUAUUCCUUGCCACCUCCUCCAUACCCCCACCUGGAGAGCAGCUACUUUCGUCAUAUAUUGCCAGGUAUCUUGUCCUAUCUGGCAGAUCGCCCACCACCUCAGUACAUUCAUCCCAGCAGCCUUAACAUGGAUGGGACUCUGUCUGUGGCCAGCAACAAUCACUCAGGUCUGGACCCCUACAGUGGCCCUGGAGGCCCACUGGAGCAGGGCCUUGUGCCCAUGGAUUCCAGACAGGUCAGUGGCCAGGGAGACCUCCACCAAACUGGCGCUCAUGAACUGGACUCUACAGGACUGGCCAUGGAAUCACAUGUCAGCAGCCCCAUGUCCCCUGACAGGAUGGGAGAGGAGCUGGCCACUAUGGAUGGAGUUGGUGUGGUGGCAGUGUCUGACACCCAGCAGCAGCUUGGUGGGGGAAGACAGCCUCAGCCUCAUGAGGGCCUGACUGGUGUGGACUCAUCUGGUGGGGUGAUGCCCCUCCAUGGAACCCCGGUGCUUGAACUCCCAGUGGUGAUGGAGCCGGAUCAUAUGGGAGGUCGGGUGGGAAAUGCAGGGGGAGGAGGAGCAGGAGGACUUGGGGAGCAGCUCCACCCGAAUGGGGAACUGAACUCAGGUGUUGUCAGUGUGGUGCUCACUGGCUCCAUGGCCAGUCAAAGCCAGCUGGAGCCUGUGUCUCUCCAUGGACACUCUGGCAUGGGGCUGGAGGCAGUAAAUGUGUCCCACAUCACUGCAGAGGUGUCACUGGGUCCAGAAAACAAUCUGGUGCUGGUCAACUCCACCCUUCAACUCGAGGAUUCUACCACCAACAAGGAGAAUAUGGUCACUGCUUACACCAUCUGGUGCACACUAUGUGAGCGGUUAUACACCUCGGACUGCCCGGAGCACGGCCCUGUCACCUUCAUCCCUGACACACCCAUCCAAAGUCGUGCUCGCCUCUCUCUGCCACGUCCAUUGUGCUUGCGCAUCUCAGUGGCUGAUGAACCACUUGGAGUUUUUGCACGGGACGUUAUUCCUCCAAGGACCUGCUUUGGACCAGUGGUGGGCCAACACUGUAGAAAUGUGGACAUUUCUGAUUGGCCAGAAAAGGGCACACCUCAGAUAUGGAAGAUGUACCACAACAAUGUGCUGGAGUUCUACAUUGUUACAACAGAUGAGAAUGAAUGCAAUUGGAUGAUGUUUGUCCACAAGGCAAGGACUCGGGAAGAGCAGAACCUGGUGGCGUACCCUGCCAAUGGUAAACUCUUUUUCUGUACAACCACAGAGAUUCACCCAGACCAGGAGCUGCUCUUUUAUUAUAGCCGAGACUACUGUAGGCUGAUGGGUGCUCCUCAGGUGCCCGAAGGUCAGAUCUGCCAGUGUGGCAAAGAGUGCUCUUCCUUCUCUGAGCUCAAGUCUCAUCUUAGCAGCCAUAACACCACCCACAGCCACAGCCCAUCACAGCAGGACCACUCUCAGCAACAACAAGCACCACCACCGCAGCAGCAGCAGCAGCAGCAACAAGGGCAACAACAACAACAACAGCAACAGCAACACACUCACCUUAAAAGAUCACACAAAAUUUUAUUUUUAGGAGUUUUUGCACGGGACGUUAUUCCUCCAAGGACCUGCUUUGGACCAGUGGUGGGCCAACACUGUAGAAAUGUGGACAUUUCUGAUUGGCCAGAAAAGGGCACACCUCAGAUAUGGAAGAUGUACCACAACAAUGUGCUGGAGUUCUACAUUGUUACAACAGAUGAGAAUGAAUGCAAUUGGAUGAUGUUUGUCCACAAGGCAAGGACUCGGGAAGAGCAGAACCUGGUGGCGUACCCUGCCAAUGGUAAACUCUUUUUCUGUACAACCACAGAGAUUCACCCAGACCAGGAGCUGCUCUUUUAUUAUAGCCGAGACUACUGUAGGCUGAUGGGUGCUCCUCAGGUGCCCGAAGGUCAGAUCUGCCAGUGUGGCAAAGAGUGCUCUUCCUUCUCUGAGCUCAAGUCUCAUCUUAGCAGCCAUAACACCACCCACAGCCACAGCCCAUCACAGCAGGACCACUCUCAGCAACAACAAGCACCACCACCGCAGCAGCAGCAGCAGCAGCAACAAGGGCAACAACAACAACAACAGCAACAGCAACACACUCACCAAGAUGAGAAGCUGACCAAUGGGACGUCCAGCUCCUCCUCUUCACCAUGGCCCUGCCAUGUCCACACUGUAGGACCAAUAAGCAAUGACAACAGCGCCAGCAAUAAUAGAAACCCUAAUAAUGUUUCCACCAAAGCAAAAGGUCAGGGCCAUGUGCGGGAAAAGAAAUUCAAGUGCAGCAUGUGUUCUCGGGCUUUCAUUACAUCCACUAAGCUCAAUGUGCACUUCAUGGGGCAUGUGGGGAUGAAACCUCACAAGUGUGAAUAUUGCAGUAAGGCCUUCAGUGAUCCCAGCAACCUUAGGAUGCAUCUCAAGAUUCACACAGGUCAGAAGAACUAUAGAUGCACAGUUUGUGAGAAGUCAUUCACACAGAAGUCUCAUGUGGAGUCACAUAUGCUCAUCCACACUGGUGCAGAAAAACUCAAAUGUGACCUCUGUGACCGGGCAUUCAUCAGAAAACAUGACCUGAAACAACACAUGUUCUCUCACACACAUGAACGCCAGAUACAGUGUCCAAAGUGUAACAAACAUUUCCUCAAGACUAACCAUCUGAAGAAGCAUAUGAACUCUCAUGAUGGCCGCAGAGACUUUGUCUGUGAAAAAUGCCACAAAGCUUUCCUCACCAAAUACCACCUCACCCGUCACCUCAAGAUAUGCAAAGGGCCCAAGAUGGAAAGAAUGUCUCACAAGGAGCCGGAUGUGGAUGAUGAAGAAGAGGAGGAGGAGGAGGAGGAGGAGGAGGAAGAGGAAGAGGAUGACAGCAGGGUAGGAGGAGCAGGAGAGGGACUGGUUGACUCAGCCAAUAGUGAAGACUGUGGUUUAGAUGUUGGGGGAUAUAACUCUGAGAAGUCCUUGUCACCCCCUCAGUGACAACACAGUGUCUCAGAUGUUGUUUAUUUAUAUACUUUAUUAACAUGCUGAUGUUUACCUCUAUUUUAUUUUUUGCCAACUAUCAGUAACUACAGAGUUUAAUUGUAACAUCUUACAUAAUCAGAACAUUUUAAUUGCCACUUUUUACACAAUUAAAAUUAACAUUUUUUUUGUUUCUCACAAGCAUAGCAGUGCUGCUAAAAUUGUUUACACCAUAUAAUAAGUCAACUGAUAAAGAUGUGACUUUUUAUAAAGCUAUUGUCUUUAUUCCUCAUUUUAUGGAGGCCUGUGUAAUAUUAUAAGUUAAUAGAGUUUAUAUAAGCUAUCAUUCAUUACUUAUUCUGAUUUUCCAUGCCUCACUCAAUAAUGGAUUGAAUGCAUGAUAUUAAUUUGUAGUUGCUCAUUGUCAGCUAAAGUUUGUGAUGGCACAUUCUUGCUAUAUAGUCCUGAUGAUCAUAUGUAAUUGCUAAAUAGACUGUAGUUAUGCCAUUUAUUUAUUAAAUGCAUGUUUUUAUUCUUUAAAGUUUCUCUGUGAAUGGAAGUGAUCCCCUUAAACAGAAAUCAGGCUGUUAAUGUGAUAUUCUUUAUUGUUUCACUGUCAACUAAAUGUUUAAAUGAUGUUUGAGCUCCAUCGUGUCUUCUGCAUAAUGUAUUAAUAAAUCCACAUUUACAGCUUU